AUGGCCAGUGACCUGGACUACUACAGAAUCCUCAGGCUUCAUGGGUUUGUUCACAGUACUCUGCCGAGUAUUGUAGACACACUCAGCUUUCAGUGCCGAGAAUUGGGAGAAAAAAGGAUUUUCACGGCAAUCAAAACGCACUUUGAACUUAUUGGUUGUCAUUCAAGGUUUUACCACAUCAGAAGCCCUUCCGUUGAGGUGGCCACCAAGAGGGAGAGUACUUCAUCAUCCGAGGGAGCCAACGGUACCCUGCUGAUCCACAGCCCCGCAGAACUCAAAAGCGGCUGGAGGAAGCAGAAGCGGUACCUCUCCUCAUUUAGUGAUGCGUUGCCUAUGUCUAAUACCAUGUAUAAAAAGAACGUUAAGAUAAAAGAUAAAACACCACUGAGCACCACAUGGACUGACAACCGUAUACACAAGGCUGGUGAAGCCGGCGUCGUUGCCAGAAAGUCCUUUGUCCUGGGCUGGCCCACGGUGAACUUUGUGGCCCCCUCCAGGUACGUCAAUCUAGCCAAAGAGAAGGAUCAAUCAGAAAGCAUUCCCCUCCAAAUCUUCACUGAGGACAUCAAAAACAGUGCAUGUUCUGUUACUGUAACAGUGACAAAUUCAGACACAGUGAAUGAUGUUAUCAAUAUGUCACUUUCAAAGCUAGGAAUAACUGGCUCUGAGAAAGAUUACCAGUUGUGGAUCAGUUCUGCUGAGAAAAAGACUUCAUAUCCACUUACUGGUACUGGGCUGCUGCAGCAGGAACUGGAGGGCUCCACUUCUGCUUCUGCCCUCCAGGAGGCCUUCCUGGAGGGGCCCCAAGAGAUCCAAGACCAGUUUAUCCUGAAACCCAGGCACUCAGCCAGAAACCAAGCCAGGAAUCAGCGAGGGAAAGUUUCAGACAAGAAGACAGUUAGGAAGAGUUCUCUCAAAAGGUGGGCCUUUGGGUGUAUAUCAAGGACUCCGCGAGGACAACCAACACGCGUGUCUACCACCCACAAAGCCAAAACAGCUCUUUGGAGCUGCUCUUGAGGAUGUAUGUGAUAAUGACACCCUGCCCACCCCAAUUCUGGAUAUGCUUUCCUUUAUCAAUCAAAAAGGGCCCUUCACACAAGGCAUCUUUAGAAAAUCAGCCAGUAUAAAAUCAUGCAGAGCCCUAAAGAAGAAACUAAACUGUGGAGACACAGUGAACUUGAAAGAUGAACCAAUUCUUGUCAUAGCGUGGGUCUUAAAGGUAAGGAAAGUUUGAGCAUUAUCCACACACGGUAAAUCCUGAAGCUAUAUGACUGAUCCUUCAUUAUGAGUGCCCAAGAACCCUAAUAGGCAUAAGAGAGGAAGGAUCUGAAAAGUGAAAAACACUUCACAAAGCCAAAACUGAAGGAAGGUA